GCUUCCAGUCCGACAUUGAUUUCAUUCCAUUGUUCAUCGUGAUGCCUCCCUAUACUUAGGUUUCAGGCGCGAUUUGGAGAAGACAAAAUCCAUCAUUGCAGCCUCAAUGUUAUUCUCCAACUUCCACAAGUUCAUCACUUUUGAUCACUUUCCACAAUGCCUACUGCUCUUAUCACAGGUGCGACAGGCUUGCUAGGUAGACAGGUGUUGAAGGCCUUUGAAGAUGCCGACUGGCAAACGGUUGGGAUGGGAUUCCAUCGAGCCACUGGCCCAAUCCGCAAAGUUGACAUCACCGACUCUGGAAGCGUGGCUGCGCUCUUCGAUGAGGUCAAACCGGACGUUGUCGUACAUUGUACGGACCACCACCACUGCUGCUGCUUCUUCUCCCUCCUACGCAUGACCAAAACUAAACCUCUUCUUUAGGCGCCGCCGACCGUCAACCAGACUCCUGCACAAAGAACCCCGCCGCAGCCCGCGCUCUCAACGUAACGGCAACUCAGACGCUCGUCGAAGCCUUCCACGGUUCGCUCUUCAUCUACAUCUCGACGGACUAUGUCUUCCCCGGGGCGGUAGGUGACGCCCCCUACAAAUCCACCGAUACGCCCAAUCCGACGAACGUCUAUGGCCAGACAAAACUGGACGGCGAGAAUGUCGUCCUCCAACACGCCCAGAACAAUGCAGUCGUCCUCCGCGUCCCCGUCCUCUACGGAUCAGGUGCGCACAGCGAAUCCGCCGUCAACACACUGAUCGAUUCACUGUACGGCCAAAAUCGCACCGUCAAAAUGGACGACUGGGCCCUACGAUACCCGACGAACACAGAGGACGUGGCGAGGGUGUGUCUCGACCUUGCAAAGAAGAGGACAACUCAACAAAAAGAAGGAGAAGGAGGAGAAGGAAAACCAAUGCCCAAUAUUCUGCAGUUCAGCAGCGAAGACAAAAUGACAAAGUAUGAAAUAUGUCAAAAGUUCAGUGAGAUCAUGGGUUUGCCCAUAGAUCACCUUGUGCCGGACAAGGAUGGUGGGAAACCCAAAGAUGGGACGAUGAGGCCGUACGACUGUCACUUGGACACGAGUGGGCUUAAAGAUCUUGGGGUUGAUGUCUCCACGGUUGAUUUCGUGGCGUGGUGGAGGAGAUAUGUCGGUGCGUUUAGGCAUUGAGAUAGGUAUGCCUCGAGCUUGAAAAGAAUGCGUCAUGGGGGACUCUGGGACGAAAUGGACACUCUCUGCAUUUGUGCAAGCAGGAACAAACGGCGGAAUCAAAAGGACUGCAAGGAAUGACCAUCACGAAUAUCAUCAACUUGAAAGUAAACGAGUUGGCCCUUUCAUUACGAAGUAGCGACUAGACUAUCAAAUACGAAUCAGUGCAAAGCCCGCUUAA